AUGGGAUGCUGGCAAAGGCAGGGCCGGACAGCUGAGAAGGGCCCCAGCGUCCAUUCGAUCAUUGAGUCGAGAUUCAUCUUCUCUCCGUCGAGCGGGAGACGGGUCGCACGACAGAGCCAGAGGGGGUCUGGCGACGCCGGUUACGGAUUCUACGAUAUAUGUCUCCAUCAACGAUCCUAUAGGCCUACCAACCUUCAAACCAAGUCCAACGAAGCCCAUACCGGUAUGGAUGCAGCCAUUUCGCGGGCUUCCACACUCAGAAGAGAAACAAGGGGCCAGCACGCUUACUCGUCAAUUCGCAAGUCUCGCGCAGACGCCGGCCACGUCGACAUCAAGAACCUCGACUUUGGGAUCGGCAAAUUCACUUACACCGACCGACCGACCAACUACACCCCUUCGUCAUUCACCGCCUUUGCAAAGCCCAACCAGUUCCCAUCCCGUCUGGACGCCUACUGA